UCAAUCAUCAUCAAACGAACACACACUAAACUACAAGCAACAAUGUCUCUUAUUCGCAACGAUCCAUUCUUCGCAGAGCUCUCAGAUUUCGACAGUUUCUUCGCUCCAAUUAUCCGUCGUCCACAUGGCAACAAGGAGGGUGGCAACGUAUUAGGAGGACAUUCCUCAUUGUUUAGACCAUCACUUGACGUGAAGGAAGUUGACAAUGGAUAUCUCGCUCAACUCAAUUUACCAGGCUUGAAGAAAGAAGAUGUCGACAUCUCACUUGACAAGGGUGUUCUUAACGUCAAAGCCGCACAGAAACAGGAGACUGUUCAAGAUAACAAAGGCUGGCAUAUUCGUGAAAGACACUUUGGCGAAUUCUCUCGCUCUUGGGGAGUUCCACCAGAAUUAACACACGAGGACAUCAAAGCUAGCCUCAACGAUGGUGUUCUAUCACUCAAUUACCCAAAGAAAGAAGCUGAGGGUGCUAAGAAAGUAACGAUUAACUAGAUUGACGAACUAAUGAUUUUGAAGUCCUUUUGGAUGACCUUGAUGUAUUUAUUACUAUGACAUAAUGUAUGUUUUACUUACCUAUCUGA